AUGGUGGCGACGACGACCCGCGUGCACGUCCGCGCACUCAACGUCAUGGCGCCGGCCAGCGACAAGCUCUCGGUCGGCAGCGAAGCUUUUACGGUCUACGUGCUCGUCGUCGCGUGCCCCGAGACGCGCUCGUGGUGGAUGCUGCAGAAGCGCUACUCGCAGUUUCGAGCGCUGCGGAGCGAGCUCGCGCUCGCGCGGCGCGCCGUCAAGGCCAAAGUGCCGGUCCUCGCCGCCGCCAUUGCCGACGCACUCGACACACCGUUUCCUCGCAAGCACCUCAUGCUCACGACCGACUGUUUGGCUGUCAUCAACCAGCGCAAGCGUGGUCUGCAGCAGUUUACGGGUCAUUUGGUCGCUCUCCGCGCCCUCUGCCUGCAUUGGAAAUCCCACGACGACGACGACAAGGUGCGCCAGCUCGUGCAAACGACAGGUGCGCUGCUGACCGACUUUCUCCGCGCGCCGGCCAUGGACGCCCCUGCGACGACGGCCACGCGCGCGCUCGACUGCUCCAUUUGCUUGGAGCAGUCGAUUGAAGAGGACGAGAUGCAGACGCCGCCGGUGGCACUCGUGAUGCCCUGCGGCCAUGCCUUUCACGAAGCGUGCCUGGUCAAGUGGCUCGAGACCGACUGCUCUUGCCCGCUCUGCCGCACGCGUGCCACGCACGGCACCGUUGCUUAG